CCGCCGCCUCGGGCGCUUUGUCCGACAGUCGCCCCGCGGCCCGGCUCCAUCCCUCGGGGGCCCUUUUGUUGUGCCCGUCUGUGCCCCGCAGCCGGGUGACCUGCACAGCCCGGCCAGCAGAUCGCGGCGGACUCGUUCUUUCCCCCAUUGUCUUUCCGGCUUGUUUCCCCUCUCACCUUUCUGCUGGGUCGGGUCCCCCCAGGGGCUUUGUCUACCCUUCCACCGGCUCACUGGCUCUGCACCCCGUUUCCUGCCCAUCCUCGCUGGGUCGAUCCGCCACCGCGGCCGAGCUGUCUGAGCCCCGGGGACUCCGUCUGCAGCCUCGCAGUGCAGACAGACUCUGGGCUGUGCUGUGGGACCGAAGGAUGCACGGGGGUGCGGGUGUCCCCGACGGCACCCUCUCCCCGGCAGGACGGGAGCCCCUUCCCUCUCUGCCCGCCUCUGCCGGCCUGAAAGUGUCUGCGGGUUCGUCGCCGGUCUCUGGGCCCGCGAUUGUUUUGCUUGGAAACAGUAGCCCUGGAAAAAGGAUCUGGUCUCCCGGUGGUGCCGCGCGCCUCCCCGCCGGCCCGCGCCGGGUGUUUCUGAAGGCCUAGGCCAAGGGCAGCCGUCGGCGCUUUGCGUCUGGGCCACCUGGGAUGGGCCGGGGACAUUGCAGGAGGCGAGGAGGCGACGCCAGGAAAUUUGGUGAGCGGCCUCCACCGAAACGACUCACUAGGGAAGCUAUGCGAAAUUAUUUAAAAGAGCGAGGGGAUCAAACAGUACUUAUUCUUCAUGCAAAAGUUGCACAGAAGUCAUACGGAAAUGAAAAAAGGUUCUUCUGCCCUCCUCCUUGUGUGUACCUCAUGGGCAGCGGCUGGAAGAAAAAAAAAGAACAGAUGGAGCGCGACGGCUGUUCUGAGCAGGAGUCUCAGCCCUGCGCCUUCAUCGGCAUUGGGAACAGCGACCAGGAGAUGCAGCAGCUGAACCUGGAGGGAAAGAAUUAUUGCACGGCCAAAACAUUAUACAUAUCUGAUUCAGACAAGAGGAAGCACUUCAUGCUGUCUGUGAAGAUGUUCUACGGGAACAGCGACGACAUCGGCGUGUUCCUCAGCAAGCGGAUAAAAGUCAUCUCCAAGCCCUCCAAAAAGAAGCAGUCACUGAAAAACGCUGACUUGUGCAUUGCCUCGGGAACAAAGGUGGCUUUGUUUAACCGACUGCGGUCCCAGACAGUCAGCACCAGAUACCUGCACGUAGAAGGAGGCAACUUCCACGCCAGCUCGCAGCAGUGGGGAGCGUUUUACAUUCAUCUCCUGGACGAUGAUGAAUCAGAAGGAGAAGAGUUCACGGUUCGCGACGGCUACAUCCAUUAUGGACAGACGGUCAAACUCGUGUGCUCAGUGACCGGCAUGGCACUCCCCAGAUUGAUAAUUCGGAAAGUCGACAAGCAGACCGCGUUACUGGAUGCAGAUGACCCCGUGUCGCAACUCCACAAGUGUGCAUUUUACCUUAAGGAUACAGAAAGAAUGUACCUGUGCCUUUCUCAAGAAAGAAUAAUCCAGUUUCAGGCCACUCCAUGCCCGAAAGAACCAAACAAAGAGAUGAUCAACGACGGCGCUUCCUGGACAAUCAUCAGCACCGACAAGGCCGAGUACACGUUUUACGAAGGGAUGGGCCCCGUCCUGGCCCCCGUCACCCCAGUGCCUGUUGUGGAAAGUCUGCAGUUGAAUGGCGGUGGGGACGUAGCAAUGCUUGAACUAACAGGACAGAAUUUCACUCCAAAUUUACGAGUCUGGUUUGGGGAUGUAGAAGCCGAAACCAUGUACAGAUGUGGAGAGAGCAUGCUCUGCGUGGUCCCAGACAUUUCCGCAUUCCGAGAAGGCUGGCGAUGGGUGCGGCAGCCAGUCCAGGUUCCAGUAACUUUGGUCCGGAACGACGGGGUCAUUUACUCCACCAGCCUUACCUUCACCUACACGCCGGAGCCGGGGCCGCGGCCGCACUGCAGCGCGGCGGGGGCCAUCCUCCGCGCCAGCUCCAGCCAGGUGCCCCCUACCGAGUCCAGCACGAACAGCGAGGCAAGUUACACGGACGCCAGCACAAACUCCACCAGCGUCACGUCGUCCGCGGCCACCGUGCUGUCCUAACACCGUCUUUUUGCUGGGACUUACACUGACUUGAGUGUGGCAAAAAGCUGGCAGAAAAAGAGGAAAAAAAAAAAAAAAAAGAACAAUCUUUUGUGGUUUCUUGGGAAAACUUUCAUACCAGGUGAUAACUAUUGAGAAACCCCUUUACCUACAAGUGCUGAUUUGAAAUCCAGAAGCCACAGUAAAACUAAGCGUCAAAAUGCACAAACCGUGGGGAUCCGAGGGUUCAGCCGGUCUUAUUUUGCUGGCUUGGUCGGUCUUUGGUUUAAAUGGGCAAGAAAUAGCUGCUUGUCUGGAGUAAGGAUUAAACAGACUAGAAGACACAGAUCUAACAUAGUUUCUAUGGACCAAGGAACUUGUGUAAGCUUUAGUAAAAGGUACAUUUUCAUCAUACCUUUUUUUAUAUCGCAGUAUAUAGUACAUCUUGUUAUCAAAUAGGUUGUAUUCCUUCUGACCCCUUUUGCUCUGAAGUUCAUUCAGGUUCCAAGCCUGGCCGUUCUUUUUUUGUUUUUAAGCUGAAGUCUUAUGACUUUUCGUGAGUCGAAAUUGUUUUGAUCUCAGCAAGUCAAAUCUUGUAAAGGCCUGCAUAUUUUUUUUUUAAGAUUAUAUGAAGUCUGUGCAAAAGCUUUAAAAAUGCCUCUGCCUUGCCUGCAAUACAUGCAAUGUACAUUAAUUUUAGUCUUUAUUCUCAGACACUGUUGGUAGUUAGUUCGGUGUUUUCCCUUUCUUUUCUUUUUUUUUAAAGAAAUGUAUUUAUAGCGAUAAUCUGAGGUUCUAACAUUUACGUGGAGUUCGGUGUGGCCAUUUAGUCCUUGACGAGUUGAUGGCACAGAACCUGUUGGUAUUUGAAGUGCUCUCUCCCCUCUCCUAUACAGAACUACGUCUGUGUGUUCCAGGAUCUGUUCAGGUGUCUGCCCCCUCCCGUCUUGUACAUAACUUGUAUUAUGUGUAAGUUAAACAUUUUAUUUUGAACUUGGGGUGUUCCCAGCGAUUUCAUUCAGCAGGGUAUUUUCUGUCUUGUUGGCAAAUGACAAAAAAAAAAAAAAAAAAAAAAAAACCGUAAGAAGUAUCUGCUACCAGUUGGUAGGCAAUGCCCUUAUGGUAGAAUGAGGAAAAUCCCAACAGAAGCAUGUUUUAUUAUUUUUACUUUUUUUUUCUUUUCUUCUCUCUUUUCCUUUUUCUUUUCUUUUCUUUUCCUUUUUUUUUUUGGUAGCCUAGGCCAGAUCAUCACUGUAAUCUUAAAACAUAAGAUGCUUUUAUUAGCUGAUCAACUGAAAUAGCUGGAAGGCAGUACUUUAGGAACAGAUAGUGUGAGGUUAUAAAAAUGCAAGUGUAACUUAUGUUUCCAUGCCCCUCUCUGCCUUUUUUGUCCUCCGUUCCUCAGUACUGAGCAUCUCCACAACUCUCUCCUACUCGGAAAACAUUGCGUUUCCUUUUGGUUAAGAUGUGGUUGCAUUCGGGGUCGCGUGUUGGCCUUGCCCGCCGCUCUCGCCGGCUUGCCAUUGCUUCCGUUCCUGCCCUCUGGUCAUACCUUCGCUCGGCUCCUCAGAGAUCACAGCGGACUCGUUGGGUUCAGUCCAGGAACCGCGCGUGCAAUGAUCUAAGACGGUUUAGUGAUGCAAUCAUCCUUCUUCGAGUAAAAACUACCUCUAGAUUGUGGUAAGCUUUUACUGUCACACAAAACAGAAGCCACAAGUACCUUAUGGAGGCGAAACUGUAAGUUCCCGCAGUGUGUCCUCAUAGAACAUGGUCAUUCUGGUGUCCUGGGCUGUUUCAAAGAGAGUUUCCACCCAGAGACUUUGAAAAUACCGUUACUGGCAUUCCCCCCGCCACCUUUGCUCCCUCCGUCACUCUCUGCUCAGACUACGCCGCUGUAAAUACUGUUCUCGCGUCUCUCAAUGGCCUUUUCCUCGGUUUUCAAGGGGAAAGUCAUUUAUAAGACACGCCGGGGGGGUUAAAUCGAAGUUGCUGCCGGCUCCCCGAGGGCAAGCCUUCUUAAUCACCCAGCCUGCAGUGUCCGAUGGCAGCCUUUCCUCUUCAGAUCUGCCCAUCCCUCUCGGAAGCCAGUCCCGCCUCCACCUCCAGCGUGUCGCAGUGACAGCGGGCAGAGCUCACCGUGGCCUUAGCCUCCUCGGUCGUAACUGUUCCCCAGCUUUUCCUCGCGUCCCCACUUAGUCCUGAGUGGUAUUUAUUCUUUUCUCUGUUGGAGUCACCCGUAGUCACCACACAGUGCUUUCUGUUCAGUGUGGAAAUGUUUCCAGAGCCGCUUCCUUUUCCCAGGCCACAAGUUCCCCCGCCCCAGGUUCGGGGCGUAGUUAAGAAAUCAUAUUCAAUGAACUGGUAACAAACGAAAUGCAUUUGAAGAACAAACUAUUCCUGACCCAGUUUUUGUAGCUCAAACUAAUUUGUCGAUCCCAUGGCUUUGUUGAAGAGAACUUCCGCUUUUGUAAGGCCGAUAUCUUAUUUUGGUCCUUUGUUUCUUUUCAGAAGAUCAUUGAAAUAUUAGACUGUAAAAGCCCUUUCCUGGGUUUCUCUUUUGUUUUGAAAAGUCCAAGAAUGUACUUUUACAGGCAUCGUUUUGCCCUCCCCGUUUUAUGCCAUCCUCAUACCACAAGACUAAAGAGUGAAAUGUCUAUUGUAGCUUAUCGUUGGUCAGUAAUUCUUUCAUCAGCUGCUUAAAGGAAUCUUUUUCAUGGAUCUGUGGAUCAUUUUAACAUGCUGUUCAUAGGAGCGCUGUCCUGCAGUUGCAGUAGAACACAUCCUUCCCCAUGACAGCGUUACUAAGGGUACUGGUCCUCACACCCGCGUGAGAUUCUCUUCACGGCGGUGGCUGCACCGUGUCUCACGCUGUUGUGGUCCUGUGCGACCUCUGAACAGAUACACAGAAGCCGAGCCUGUGACGAGUACGUUCUUGUCGAUCCCACUGAGUUUGUCGCAUGGAUUGGGAAGGCAAGCUAAGCCCUGGGAUCAGGUAGCCCUCACGUUCUGAGUGCUUUCCGAGUUGAACACUAGUGCGACAGCUAACCUGCUGCUGAGUUCUCUUAAACUGCGGCGUUGAAAGGCGUCCUCUCCUGUGAACUAACCAGGGACGCCCUGGUCACUGUUAACUGCACAGACUCCCUGGCGACCAUCACUGGUUAGUUGUCGUUUGCCGUGAAACUGGUGCCACCUGUGUCCUCACGGAAGCUUUCCAAUGCCAUCCGGGAGACUAACGUCAGCUAGUCCUGUUAACCAGGUAGCCCACUAGGGGGAAGGGUUCCUUUUUGAAACCGAAUGCUAUUCAGUUAACCAAGUUACUCGCUUUGAUUUCGAAAGCAGCUGGGUGUCUGAUGCGUACUGAACAAAUGUGUGUAAUUUUCUGUGCCAGACUUCCGACUUUGUUUUUAAGCACUGUAAUGUGGGAUGGAUGGUUAGUAACAAUAAUAUAUUAGGGUUUCUCUUUAACCCUUUCAGGACUGAACUGUAUCUCUUCUCAUUAAUUUUUCCCCGUGUCGUGGUAAGUGUCUGCUAGCACCCAGUACUGUGUUGGUCCAGAUGUAGGUUUCUCUGCCCAUUUUUAGCUUAUUUCUUGUACCUUGCAGCAUGCCCGACGCAUUCAGUCCUUAAGGGGUUUAUUUUACAAACUGUGCGCCUGUAAGGUUUAUUAGCAAUAAGAUAGAAAACGGAGCAAGUUUAUACCAUAAUUUUGUAGAAAAAAAAAAAAAGAAUCUGCUCAGUUCCAUAUCUCAUCCAUGAAAAACCUGCAAUACGGGCAGUUUCAAGGAAUAAAUAAAAAGGAAAUGUAAACCAUG